GACAACAACCACCAGAGCCACUGCCUGUUCACCCCGCUAUAAUCCAGAAGGCAAGAGGCAGUCAGUGUGUGUGCCAACACUCUUUCUGCUGACACUAGACGGCAUCAAGACCAGACCAAGGAAGAUACUCGGUGAAACACAACGGUUUGCAAUGGGGCUAUAUCUGGUGGUCCUCUGGGUCUGUGCUGUGGUGCUGCAUUCCCUUGGGAGAGCAGAGAAAGUGGAUUUAACAGUAACUCAAACGACUGAAACAAGUUUCUCUGAGAGCACAGAAGGGUUGACUGCGGGGACAGUUACUACAAGGCUGGAUGUGACCCGAAGCCCUGCUAGACACACACACCAGAGCCUAGAACCUGACCAGAAGCAAGAACUGCCUCCCUUAUACCCCUGUCAGGAUGACGAGACGGAUUACAGUGAAAGAGUGUACCAGAGGGAUUCUCAUGGUGUUAUGCAGCUGGUUCAGAGCGACGACGAUGAAGACAGCGAGGACUAUGAAGACACUGACAUUGACACCAGCAUUCACCCCUGCAACCUAUCACCCAGUGGACUGGCCUGCUGUCUUAUCUACCCAACCAAUCAACUCAACUGCUCCUGGAAAUUCCAUGGUCUCCUUAAUGACAGCCAAUCCUCUGCCUUUGUCUCUGUGUGUAGGAACAAUGAGAGUAUCUCCAGUGUGGACUGUGUCUCUGAGGUCAUGGGAGGCCAGGGAUGGCCUGGCGGUGUGGUUCGAGGCGUGUCUGCUGGCUGCCAGGGGAGUGUGGGUGACGGCGUCACCUCUUUGAGUCUGACUUUCAAAGUGUCACGCCCUGGCGUGUGCUGCAUCUACACCAAUAAAAUGGACACCAUAGAUAUUGAAGUACUGCGCCCGCCCCCCAACAUCACUGCCUGGGUCAGAGAGGAGGGUCUGCUGGUCCAGUGGGAUCUUCCGUCCAACACCACACCCAGAUGCUUCCACUACCAGCUCCAGAUCAAUGACCUGGUGAGGAGCUUCACAGAGGGACUGACAUUCACUGAGACCAACCUGGACCACACACAACGGUACGACGUGAAGAUGAGGGUGAGGAAGAAUAGUAACUGCAGAGGAUCUGAACACUGGAGCAGCUGGAGCAACACCAUCCCGGUGGCCCCGUCUGAAUCACACAAUCAGCUGAACACUCCGGCGGUUGUUGGCAUCACUCUGGGGAUACCCAUGAUCCUCCUGGCUCUGCUGCUGCUGAUCAGACUCCAGAGGGACCGUCUGGACCGUCUGUUUCCCCCCAUCCCUGGUCCCCCACUGAAGAUUAAACACCUCUUGGAGAGAGACGACCUACUUCAGGCCCUGCCGUCCAAAUGUGUUGAGGAGAUCACAGUGGUGGAGGAAGCUGAGGAAACACCUGUCAAUAUAGCCAGUUAGACAAGAUGGCCUGUUUUUAAAGUAGCCUCGUAAAUACCAGCGUGAAGCUUGCGGGAUCAGAUGGCUUUGCUAGGCCGUUUUAAAGCCCCGUCAACAUUAGCCCCUAGGCUCUCUGGCCGAUCUGUAAGAAGGAUCCCCUUAGCCUAUCAGAGGUCAAGAUGCAGUCAUUAUCAUUUGUUAAUACAGUCCUUUCCGAUCUACAAGUAGGACAAGGAGAGUGUGUAAGGGCAAGUGUGACCUUCCUGGUCCCAUCCCUCAAGUCUGUGAGUCAACACAGGAAGGAGUAAUGGAUGGAUAGUUAUUUUAUUUCCAAAGCUGCAAUCAUGGGACACACACAGUAUGGAUGAAUGAUGAGUAGUAGACAGGAUAUAACAGCAUUCCUAAAGAAGAUGCAUUCUCCAGUUAGCUACCAACUUCAAAGAGGGAACAUUA